AUGACUAACGCUGGGUUAUUGAAACAAGAAGGCAACAAGGCUUUUGCUGAUAAGAAUUAUGUUAAAGCAGCAGUCAUAUAUCGUGAUGCUAUCAAAGAAGAUACAUUCAAUCCUAUAUUAUACUCAAAUCGAGCUCAAUGUUUCUUAAAGACCCAUCAAUAUGAACGAGCUUUGAAAGAUACUAUAACGGGUAUAAACUUGAAACCAGAAAAGAAAUCAUUAAUCAAAUUAUACUAUAGGAAGGGUUUAGCCUUGGUGGGACUUGGGAAGAAGAAAUUCGCCAUUGAAAGUUUUGAAGCUGCUUUAAAACUUGAUCCCAAGAAUGAUGCGGUUCAAAAGGAAUUAGAUCAAUUGAAGGCAGAAUUACAACCACCAAAACCAUCUAUAAAGCACACCACAGACAAGAAUAAACCAAUUGAUAUCCCUAUUGAAGAAUGUGAUAAGUUACCUGAAGAAUUUGCUCAAUUAUUGAAAGAUAAAGAUCCACAACCACAAAGUCCUACCCCAAUUGUCAAACCAGUAUCUGAUAGAGCCAACAAAGAAAUUGAAGAGUUAUUUGGCAAUAAAAAGUCUAAAACUGAUACUAAAUACACCAUUCAACCAACUCCUGAAUCAAUUGAUUCUAAUCUGCCAAUGCGUUUCUUAACAAGUUUAGCUUCCUUACCAGACGCUGAGAAAUCUAAAGGAUAUCAAUAUGUCAUUAAUAUAUCAUUAGAUGAUUAUAAAACCGUAUUUGAAUCCAAUGCAGUCGAUCCCGAGUUCCUCCAAUUCUAUUUAGAUGCUGCUUCUUAUGUCGCCAUAAAUGAUUCAGUACCUAAUUGGGAUUCUCAAAUUGUUACUCAUUUACAAUAUUUCUCCAAAUUACCAAGAUUUAAAGUUAAUUAUUUAUUAUGUAAUCCUGAAUCCAUUCAAUCCAUAAUUAAUCUUGUCAAAGAGAAGUCUACAAAUGAAUAUCAUGAUGAAUUACAAUCUAUAUUUAGUAAGUAG